AGCCGCUCUGGCUCAAGGCAGGGCUCCCCCUCCCUCCGCGCGCGAGCGCGCGAGGUCUCCCCAGGCGGGGCAUGGCGGAGGAGGACAAGCCGUCCGAGUCCUACCCCAUCUUCGCCCUCGCUCAGAAGAGGAGCCUCCUGCUAGGCGAGGCAUGCGCGGACCGCGCGAAGCUGGCGGAGGAGGUGAUGGCCGUGGUGAAGGAGAAGAGCAUGCUCCCGUACUACGAGACGUACCUCUGCCCUUCGCCGCUAGGGCCGGCUGACGAGGCGCUCAAGGCGGAGAUGAAGGCGCGCAACGAGGAGGAGUUGGCCAAGUUGGAGGAGAAGAUCAAGGACGCGAAGGAGAAUCUGGGGGACAUAGAGAUCCGCGACGCGAUGCUGGCGAAGGCGGAGUUUUUCAACCGUAUCGGCGACAAGGACAUGGCCAUCCAGUCCUACCAGGACGCGUUCGGAAAGUCGGUGGGCGUGGGCGCUAAGCUCGACAACAUCCUUACGGUGAUCCGGAUUGCAUUCUUCUUCGACGACAAAGAGUUAUCCAAGAAGGAAAUAGAGCGCGCUAAGGCCGAGCUUGGGAAGGGCGGCGAUUGGGAGCGCCGCAACAAGCUCAAGGUCUACGAGGGCAUCUACCACAUGAUCUUCCGCAACUGGAAGGAGGCUUCGACGCUUUUCCUCAACGUGAUGCCGACGUUCACGGCGACGGAGCUCGUCGAGUUCAAGGACUUCGUGUUCUACACCGUCCUGGUCACGAUGCUAUCGGGGGACCGCCCGACGCUGCGGGAGAAGCUGGUCAGCAGCCCAGAGGUGCUUAGCGCCAUCAAGGAGACGCCGCACCUCCAGGAGUUCAUGGAGUCAUACUUCCACUGCCGGUACAAGCCCUUCAUGCAGCAUUUCGUGCCCGUCAUCGACCACUGCCGGGCUGACCGGUACCUCAGAGGGCACGUCCGUUAUUUCCAGCGGAAUAUGCGUCUGAACGCAUACAGGCAGUUCCUCACCUCCUACCGCUCUGUGACGUUGGAGGCCAUGGCUAACGAGUUCGGGGUCUCCGCAAGCUUCAUCGACACGGAGCUAGCGUCCUUCAUUUCGUCUGGCAAGUUGACUUGCAAGAUCGACAAGGUCGGCGGCGUCGUCGAGUCCAACGAGGCGGAUCAGCGGAGUCAGGUUUACAUCGAGAUCAUCAAACAGGGAGACCUGCUGCUCAAUCGGAUGCAGAAGCUCUCCGGCGCCAUUGACAUGUGACCGCGCCGGCGCCCACGACGCCGUCGACAUGUGACCGCCCCCCCUCCAGACAUCCGACGCCGUGAUUUCUUCACAGCGUGGCUCCCCAGUGAAGGGACAUGCUGAACGCCCGCAGGUCCGCGCUGACCUCCGACAGAUCACGCGUAUGCCAGCUCUGGCAUUCUGCGCUCGGGGCACGGGGAGCCUGACCCGCCCAGGAACAGUGGGGUCCCCACCGCCGCCCCAUCGGCGAUGUAUCGUCGAUUCGAGGUCAUUGCGUGUUCGGCGGUUUGCCAGGUCAGGGUUCCCUUGGCGGGGAGCCUGGAUCCCUUUGCGUUGCACAUCGCGCC